CGCAGUAUUCCGGCGCAAACCAGCCCGACGCAUCCAGCGCCUCUAAAUCAUCACUUUUGGUGGCUAGUUCAAAGACAAGUUUGAUUUCUCUUCAAUGUGCAUAAAGGACGACUUGUGUUGCCAAAGGUGAUUCCAUUACCGGAGAGUGCUGAUCGGUGCUGAUCUAAUCAUGGAACUCUUCGACAGCAAUCCCGCCAACAUAACAGAGACAACCGACCAGCCGGAAUUCUUUUCCAACUGGAACGUCCAGUUUGACGGGCACCGGGCCAAUGCCAGCGGCGCCGCAAAUGUCAGCGAGGAGGAAACUACGGACGAUGACUUUUAUCGGCAUUCGUCCAUCGUCACAACCGUGUACUGUCUUGCUUACUCGUUCGUAUUCCUACUGGGUCUCGUUGGAAACUGUCUGGUGGUGGCCGUCGUCUUCAGAGCCCCUCGGAUGCGGACCGUGACAAACUACUUUAUCGUGAAUUUGGCUAUUGCCGACGUACUGGUCGUUUUGUUUUGUCUACCGGCUACACUACUCUCCAACAUCUUUGUUCCUUGGAUCCUGGGAGAGACCAUGUGCAAGUUGGUGGCUUACGUGCAAGGAGUUUCAGUUGUGGCUUCAAUCGAUUCCCUCGUCGCAAUCUCGCUUGACAGAGUCUUGGCCAUCUGCUUCCCGAUGCGUUUUCAAAUCACUGGCCGGCGAGCUCGUCUCAUCAUUCUGCUUAUUUGGAUCGUUGCCCUGACAACGACGAUCCCUUGGCCGCUUUACUUUCAUUUAGUGAGCGCCUUUCCGACAAGUCCGGAAAUUCGUCUUUGUUUAGAAGAAUGGCCGAGUGAGAGAGACAAGGACCUCUAUUUCAUAUUGGCAAAUGUCGUCUUCUGCUACUUGCUACCACUCAUUCUCAUCUUGCUGUGCUACGUCAUGAUAUGGAUCCGAGUGUGGAGACGAUCCAUCCCCACCGAAAGCAAAGAUGCACACAUCGAUCGACUACAGCAACGAUCCAAGGUGAAAGUGGUGAAAAUGUUGGUGGUAGUAGUGAUUAUAUUCAUGCUUUCGUGGCUACCACUUUAUGCAAUUUUCAUCCGGAUCAAAUUGGGGAGCGAGCAAAUGGAGUCGUGGGAAGACGUUCUUCUGCCGUACGUCACGCCCGUCGCCCAGUGGCUGGGCGCGUCCAAUUCGUGCAUCAAUCCAGUGCUAUACGCAUAUUUCAAUCAAAAAUAUCGUCGCGGUUUCACGGCCAUCAUUCAAAGCAGAUCGUGCUGCGGCAUCAUCCGCACGACGGCCGCCGACUACGAAAAGCGUUACGUUACGACCACCGAGGUCCACCAGGGCGCGUCUUUCGAACGUUUAAGGAGAGAGACUCACGUUCGGAGAUCGACGCCGACUGAAAACAGAAACCGUCCCGUUGUUACGGCAACCGACAGCCGACCUGGAACGAGAAACAAUAGCAAGACGGCCGAAAGACGAGACGAUCAUCACGACCAACAGCCAUCAGCAAUGCUCAAUUCGGCAGUCGUCAGCACACAAGAUAGCAUCGAACUCAAUGCCAUCCAUCGCAAAUGGAAGUCUGAAGUAUUGUGAAUACAUUUUGUGUGUUGUUGUGUGUGUGUGUUGACGUUGAAACUUUACCAACCAGAAAAGCAAAAAUCAUUAAGAGACAAAUAACGAUUUUUUGUGGGUUCUUUUGUUGGUGAUGGCUUGUGAUCAAUCCCGUGUUAUAAUAAUAAUCUUUUGUCACUUCGUGUCAUACGCAAAUGAGCCUAUUUACAUGUUUUCUCAUGGCGUGUUCGUUACAGUUUGAAAUCGUGUCGUUUGCACUCGUUCAUUUAUUUUUUAGUGUGUAUCUGAGAAAUCCAACAGCUGAAGUAUAAAACCACUGAGUGUCAAUAACAUAAAUAUGUUGCCCCGUGUUCCCAGUUA